AUGGCUGGAUCGUCGACAGAAUCCAACGAGAUUGUUGAAGUUACGGAAGUGACUGAAAUAGUUGAAUUUUCGGAUGCCAUGCAAGAAGAUGCUCCAACCGCCGAAUUAGAAAGUAUGGUGGAAGUAACAGCAAUGGAGGAGGAAUCAACCCCUGUGACCGUCAUCCCAAGUGUUCCGAUGGAAGAAGAUACAACUGUAACCGCGACAUCGGCCGUCACAGGUUCAUCGCAAGUGACAUCAGAUGAGAAUGCAGCAGAAGGUUCUAGCGAAGCUCAAUCCGGCAGAACUACUGUCAUGGUUAAUGGUCGGCCUGUGGAUAUUACGGAUACCGGCUUCGAUCUUACCUUCCUUGAAGCAUUGCCGGAUGAUCUAAGAGAAGAAGUGCUUAAUCAAAAUCUGCCACCUGAAAGACGUACCAGACCACCCGUUACGACCGGAAGUGGGGAUGCAAUUAGCCCAGAAUUUUUAGCGGCGCUUCCCGAUGAUCUCCGAGAAGAAAUUAUUCAACAAGAAGAAGCUUUUGGACGUCAACCUGCCGCCGCAGAAAUGGAUACCGCGAGUUUCUUUGCUUCUUUGGAUCCUCAAUUGCGACAAACUGUUCUUCUGGAGCAAGAUGAGAGAGUCAUAGCAUCAUUACCGCCAUCAAUUAUUGCUGAAGCAAAUGCCCUUCGCGAAAGAGCCAGUCGCAGAUAUACAAAUUCGAUGAGGUCAAGAACAUUAGCUAAUACAAUUACACCUUCCCAUAUUCCGAAAAAGCCGACGGUUCAGCGUGAUGCCAUGAAGCUCGUUGACACCACCGGUUUGGCCACAUUAGUUAGAUUGCUGUUUUUACCACAACCUUUAAGCAAUAAGAACUUGUUGCACAAAUUGUUACUUAAUCUUUGUGAGAAUAGUAAAACUCGCGGCGAACUUAUAACGAUGCUUCUUUCAGUUCUGUAUGAGGGAAGCGGAGACGUGUCAACGGUUGACAAGAGUUUUGCACAAAUGUCUUUAAAGGCUAAAGGAGCUCCGAAAGGGACUCCAAGGAGACAGUCAAGCCUUCCGAAUCCCUCCCUUUCCCAAAUAACUCAAGCAGCUGGAGAAAAUGUUCCAAAUCUGAUAGCACAACUAGUGAUAUUGCUAAGUCUACUAGAUCGUCAAGUAUUCAUUAAAAAUACAGCGCUGAUGGACCAACUGAUGCAAUUACUUUCAACCGUUUUACGUCCUUUGUCUUCUUUAGCCAAGGUUGAAUCAUCCAACGCCUCAAAUAAUUCCGGAGAACAAUCAAAUUCCGAUUCAACCGGGUCCUCUACACAGAACACUGUCCCACAGCAAUCUGAGACCGAAAACCAAACAAACAAUUCGAUUCCGGCAUCCUCGCAAUCGAAUAACACGUCCAUUUCCGAAAGUGAACCUAACCCUGGGAAUGUACCCAAUCCCGGGAGUGCACCUACUCAAGGUCAGUCAAACAAUAGUAACGAUACUCACAACAAUUCAUCGAAUUCUGAGGGCAACAAUGAAAAUACAACGCCAGCUAAUCCUGAAAGUGAAACGGCUUCAAAACCUACGUCGGCAUCAACUUCGAAACCACCAGAAACGGAACAACCUAAUUUAAAACCUCCAGAAAUUCCGGACUACUGUUUACGACUAGUAGUAAACGUCUUAACUGCAGGAGAAUGCAUCAGUACAACAUUCAAACAUACAUUAUCUGUUAUUCAACACCUUUCGACUUUAAAAGGAGCCAGGGAUGUCAUAACUUCGGAAUUAGUCGAUCGAGCACAAUCACUUGGAAAAGACAUACUGGAUGAUCUGGAUGAAUUGAGUAAAAUAUUAUCAAGGUCAGAUGCAGGCGUAGAUGUUCAAGGAGUAACUUUAGCCAAGUUUUCACCAUCAUCGUCGCAGCAGGCAAAACUCCUCCGCGUCCUCAAAACCAUUGAUUACAUGUAUUCACGGAAACAACAAUCAGCUUCAACACCUUCUAAUAACCAAGUUGAGGUAUCACUGGCGCCCACAAUAGAUCCCGACGAAGCAGGCACUACAGCACCGCGAUCAUUAUUAGAUGGCAGUAGCAAAGGUUCCAAAUUGACCGAAGACGAAGAGAAGGUUAUGAAGAUAUACGAGAGUCUCAACUUCCGAGAUCUCUGGAAGAAAUUAGGUUCAUGCUUGACCGCUAUACACGAAAAUCCCGAGAUGAUUCAUGUAGCAACCGUACUCCUUCCACUCAUAGAAUCCUUAAUGGUUGUAUGUAAAUAUGUUGGUAUGGCGCCUUCCACCGCUCGUAAAGUGACGUCCCCCACAUCUCAAUCCUUACCUGAAAGCAUGGAGGAAUUAUUCUUUACCUUUACCGAAGAUCAUCGAAAGAUUCUUAACACUAUGGUCAGAAACAAUCCGUCAUUGAUGAGCGGUUCGUUCUCAUUACUUGUACAUAAUCCAAAGAUCCUCGAAUUCGACAACAAGAGAAAUUAUUUCAACCAACAACUUCACAAGCGUACCAAUAAUCGGGAUCACUAUGGAACCAUACAACUCAAUAUUAGGAGACAACAUGUGUUCGAGGAUUCCUACCAGAAUAUACAAAGGAGGACUGGCGAUGAAAUCAAAUAUGGUAAACUCAGUGUCCGUUUCGUUGAUGAGGAAGGAGUGGAUGCUGGUGGAGUAACAAGAGAAUGGUUCCAAGUUCUCGCGCGACAGAUGUUUAAUGAGGGUUACGCAUUGUUCAAAACUUCCGCGGCGGACAGAUUAACAUAUCAACCAAACCGAGCUUCGGGAGCAAAUCCAAAUCAUUUAUUGUUCUUUAAAUUUGUUGGUCGUGUCAUUGGUAAAGCAAUUUAUGAUGGUCGACUUUUGGAUGCCUAUUUUACGCGCUCAUUCUACAAGCACAUUCUCGGAAAGCCAGUUGAUUAUCGAGAUGUUGAAGCUAUUGAUUUGGAGUAUUAUAAUAGUUUGGUCUGGAUGUUGAACAAUGACAUUACUCAUGUUAUGGAUCUGACGUUUAGCGUGGAAUCGGAAUAUUACGGUCAAAAUGAAAUCAUUGAGCUAAAGGAGAAUGGAAGUAACAUUCCUGUUACUGAAGAAAAUAAGCGCGAAUAUGUCAUGCUUGUCACGGAACAGAAGCUAACUUUGGCGAUUAGGGACCAGAUACAGAGUUUCCUCGCCGGAUUUCAUGAAAUUAUUCCUGCUCACUUGAUCAGUAUAUUUAACGAACAAGAAUUAGAACUACUGAUUUCCGGAAUGCCAGAUAUUGAUAUUGACGAUUGGAAGAAUAAUACCGAAUAUCAAAAUUACACUGCCUCUUCACCCCAAAUCCAAUGGUUUUGGAGAGCCGUAAGGAGCUUUAGCCAAGAAGAGAGAGCGAAGCUUCUGCAAUUUGUCACUGGUACUUCCAAAGUGCCGCUAGAAGGAUUCUCCGCGUUACAAGGUGUCCAUGGCGUCCAGAAAUUCCAAAUUCACAAAGAUUUCCUAAAGCCAAAUCGUCUUCCCUCUGCUCAUACAUGUUUCAAUCAAAUCGAUAUUCCCGAAUAUGAUGAUUACGAGCAGUUAAGGUCACAAUUGUUACUAGCAAUCACUGAAGGAACGACAGGCUUUG